AUGUCCGAGACAAAGGAUCUGUCAUCUCAGGUUCAGGACACAACAAAAGACACAGCUUCCAAAGAGCAGGAAUCCCCUGGUGCGUUCACAGUCCUCCAACCAAGUUUAGUGCUUAUCGUCCCCAUUGCAGUCAACCUUGAGUCAAUCCCCAGGAGCGGAGCUGGCGUCGUGAAUGAUGCUGGAGAUGUCCUAGAUGACGCCGGCAACAUUGUCGGCAAGAUCGCCGACACCGAUAACCUCAAGAACCUCGUAGGCAACACCGUCAACACCGCCGGUGAUGUUGUCAGCUCUUCAGGCAAUAUCCUAGGCAAGACCCUGCCUAUUGAACAAGAAAAGCCUGAGGAGGAGGACGACUCCCACGACGAGGAAAAGAGCGAAUAUACAACCCAGUCUAAAGACAAGAAGUCCGGCGGCCUGGGAGGCACCGUCGGUAGUGUCAGAGGAGCUGUCGGUGAAACAGCUAAAAAUUUGGGCGAGACAGGCAGGGAUGCCGCUGGCGGCGUAACUGACAGCCUCCGAGGCAAGUCAGACGCUACUUCUCAAGCCACCGACACAAAGACACCCGCAGAAACUCCCAAGGCACCUGAUGUCAAGUCUGAGGGCCAGGACAAGGACCAGGACCAGAAGGAUACCAGCCUCGAGGACCGUGACGUUCCCGCCGAAGGCGAGGAUAAGCCCAAGGAGGUUGUUCCAGAGGAGGCUAAGGAAAUAGCCGACAAGGCGAAAGAUACCACCAAGGAUGCCCUCGAAGACGCUAAAGAUAUCACUGAAGUAGCCAAGGACGAUGUCACUUCCAAGGUCGACGAGCAAGACGUUCCCAAACCUGAGGACGUCGAGGAUAAGCUUCAGGAGAAGACUGAGGGUGCUAAGGACGACGUCCCCAAGUCCGAGACUCCUGAGGUCCCUGAGGGUGAUGUUCCUAAGUCUGAGGCUCCCGGUGACGAGACACCUAGCGGCGAAGCUCCCGGCGAUGACGACGACAUGUCUAUGGCCUCUGGUGAUGAUCUAAAGUCUGUGAUUCCCGGAGAGGAAGCUGCUGGCGUCACCGACGAGGUCAAGAGCAAGGCCACUGAAGGCGAGGAAGAUACCGAGGGCAAGGCCGCUGAAGGAAAAGAGACAGCCGAAGGCAGAGUGCCCGAAGGUGAAGAGGCCACUGCCGACCUCACGGAUGAGACCAAGGACAAGGCUGCCGAAGGCGAGGAGGCCGCUGGCGAUCUCCCCGAGGAUGUUGAAGGCAAGGCCGCCGAAGGAGAAGAGACAGCCGAAGGCAAGGUUGCUGAAGGCAAAGAAGUCGCUGGCGGCGUUGGCGAGGAGGCUAAGGACAAGGCUGCCGAAGGUGAAGAGGCUGCCAAAGAGCCUCUCGACUUCACCAUCCUCAAGGGCACCACCGUCGACAAAGAGGGUAAUCUCGUCAACGAGAAGGGUGACAAGCUCGGAAAGGUCGUCAAAGGAGAGCUCAAGCAGCUCGUCGGCCUCUAUUCUGACGACCAAGGUAUUAUAUGGGACAAGACCGGCAAGCAACUUGGCAAGGCCGAGCCCAUCUCUGAGUGGGACCGCGAGCAGAAGGACUUCUCCAUCCUCAGGGAUACUACUGUUGAUAAUAACGGAAACCUCGUCAAUGAGAAGGGCCACCUCAUCGGACGUGUCACUGAAGGCGAGAUCAAGCAACUUAUUGGUCUCACUUCCGACGACCAGGGCACUAUCUGGGACCGAACCGGCAAGCAAGUCGGAAAGGCUGAGCCUCUUCCCGAAUGGGAGCGUGGUGAGCAGAAAGAUUACAGCAUCCUGAAUGGCACUACUGUCGACAAGAACGGAAACCUCGUUAAUGAGAAGGGCCACCUCUUUGGCAAGAUUAUCGAGGGUGAGAUCAAGCAGCUCAUCGGUCUCACUUCUGACGAACAGGGUACUAUCUGGGACCGAACUGGCAAGGCCGUUGGUAAGGCUGAGCCUCUCCCUGAGUGGGAGCGUGGUGAGCAGAAGGACUUCUCCAUCCUCAAGGAUGCCGUUGUCUAUAAGGAGGGCGGUCUUGUCAACGACCAAGGCGACACCAUCGGCAAGGUGACUGAGGGUGAGAUCCGACAGCUCAUUGGUCUCAAGUCAGACGAGAACGGAAAGAUCUGGAGAGACGGCAAGGUCGUCGGCCAGGCUGAGCCUCUCCCUGAGUGGGACCGCGUCCCAAAGAAGGACUACUCCAUCCUUAAGGGCACCAAGGUCAACAAGGUCGGCAAGCUUGUGGGCUCCAACGGCACUGUUCUCGGUAAGGUUAUCGAGGGUGACCUGAAGGAGCUUCUUGGCAAGCGAUCCGAUGAGAACGGUGACAUCUGGAAUGACUUCGGGGAGGUUAUCGGUAAGGGCGAGCCUGUCUCCGUCGCAGAGCGCGAGGAGAAGUCAUCUGCUCCCUUCGAGCACUUCCCUGGUGCCACCGUCGAGUCUGAUGGCCGUGUCAUGUACCAGGGCGAGCAGGUCGGUGAGGUCAUCGAGGGUAACCCCAAGGAGCUCAAGGGUAGCCAGGUCGAUGAGGAUGGUGACAUCCUCGACCGCCGUGGUAACACGAUCGGUAAGGCCAAGCGCUGGGAGGCCCCUGAGGAGGAGCCCGAGAAGCCCAUCGACAACUCUGCACUUGCUGGUAAGCGUGUCAACAAGGCCGGUAACCUCGUCAGCGAGUCUGGCGAGAUCUACGGUCGUGUAAUUGAAGGUGAUGUCAAGAAGCUUGUCGGACGCAUGUCUGACCGAGAGGGCAACAUCCGAAGUGAGUCUGGCGACAUCAUUGGCAAGGCCGAGCUUGUUUCUGAAGGCGAGCGUGGUGGCAAGAAGGAUGGUCCUUUCGCUGGGCUUAAGAACUGCAUCGUCUCCAAGGAUGGUAAGGUUGUGAACCAAGCUGGCGAGACUGUUGGACGACUUGUCAUUGGAGAUGCCAAGGCUUUGGUUGGACGUGCUGUCGAUGAUGAUGGCGAGAUUGUCGACUCAAACGGCAAUGUCAUUGGCAAGGCCGAGCGCUGGGAGGAGCCCGAGAAGGAGGAGAAGCACAACCCUCUUGCUGGCCUCAAGGUGAACCGUGAGGGCAACGUUGUUGACGCUGAUGGUAACAUCAUCGGUAAGCUUACCAGUGGUGAGCUCCUUGACUGCGCCGGCAAGGAGAUUGAUGAAGAUGGUGAUGUCUUCAACCAGAAGGGGAGCGUCAUUGGUCACGUUUCUCUUCUCGAGGAUAUCCCCAAGGAGGAAGAGCCCGAGCCUGAGGGUGAGACUGAGGAAGAGCGCAUCAAACGCGAGCAGGCCGAGGCCGAUGAGAAGAAGCAGGCUGAGGAGGCGGAGAAGAACAAGAAGCUUGCCCAGUCGCUCGCUUACCAGAUCGAGCAGACUCUGGAGCGACUCCGACCUAUCUGCAAGUCCAUCAAGGACAAGAUUACCGCCGCUGAAGCUCAGAAGCCUGAGGACCGUGAUGAGGAGGAACUUGUCCGACAGGUCAAGCCUCUGAUCGAGGAAGGUGGUAAGAUCUUGACUGAGACCAACGGUAUCAUCCGGGGUCUUGACCCAGAUGGCCGUAUCUCCCGCAACGCCAAGCAGAAGACUGCUGCUGGUGAAGCUACUCCUGAGGAAGCUCAACUUGCCAACCUUCUCAAGGAGCUCUCCACUGAGAUCCAAACCACCAUUGAGGAGGGUAAGCGCAAGCUCGAAGGUAUGCCCCAUGCCAAGAAGGAGAUUAACCCUCUCUGGGCUCUUCUCGCAGAGCCUCUCUUCCAGAUCGUCGCCGCUGUUGGUCUCCUGCUCAGCGGUGUACUUGGCCUUGUUGGCAAGCUUCUCGGUCCCAUCCUGAGCCCUCUGCUGAACGGUCUUGGUCUUGGUGGCCUCCUUGAUGGUCUACUCGGAGGUCUUGGUCUCAAGAAGAUCCUCAGUGGCCUUGGCCUUGGUGUUGUUGUCGGCACCGUCACUGGCAAGAAAUAA